UUUAAAAAGAUGUGAUUUAAUAUAGUUAUCCACUUUUUAUAUAGGAUCUAUAGAGAUGUUCAGAGAUGUAUUGAUCACCCAAGAUAACCACCAUGUAUUGGCAAACUCUGACCUUAUAGAGACACCACUUCACUGAACGCAUUUUGUCAAGUGUUUGUAGUUAAAUACUAGUACCGGUAUUACAUGUACUUAAGAUGUUUGAGAUUGGAGGGGUGUCAACAGUACAAUGAUUGAAAAAAAAGCCCUCUUGAAUAAUUUUAAGAUAACUUUAUUGGUCUGGUAAUAAUUGUGUGUAACCUGGGCUGAUUUCACAGCAUGACAUCACAAAUCUUGUUUUGACAAGCACCUGUCAAUAGCUUUAACUGCAUGUCAAGUCAUCCAUCAUCGGGCUGAAAUAUACAUGUUUUUUUUUAACACAAGGAUUGGAAAGAACAAGUUGCUGAAAUGUGUUCAGAAUUAAAUUCAUAUUAUACCAAUUACUGGAAAUGGUCAACGAAGCAGUAACUAUUGACUGCCAUUACUAUUGGGACCCUUCAGGUGAACUGUUGUCUUUGGGUAUUAACUAUGUAUGUCGCAACAAAACAUUAGAGUAAUAGAUAUUCAACCCUGCGGAUUAAAGGGAAGGCCAGAAAUUUAAAGUAGGGGAACAGUUUGAUUGGCUAUAUACCUGAGUUUGUCGUGGAUUGGGGUAACAUGUUUACUAAAAAGCCGGAUACAUGUGGGACACAGAGUUGUGUGUAGUGGAAAUAUAGGAGGUGAAAAUUGCAUCGAUCUAAAAAUUGAUUUUCUGAAUCUGUACAACCUUGUUUUCAAAUACUGACUUUUGGAAGUUGGAUCUGUUUAUUUUGGAUGUUUACCGUUGACAGUGUUAUGUCAAAAGUUGCCGGUAUUAUGUAGGAAACGUGCAUUUUCUGAGUAUUGAUAGCAAGUAAAACAGGAAGCAGGCGUGAUUACAGUACUGGAUAUCUCCGUAAGACUUGAUUGUGCUAUUGUGUAUAUAUUUCCUUCCUAUGAAUUACAGGAGUUAUACUUCAUUCUCACACACAUACACACACACACUGGUUCAACAUGGAACAGAACAAGGUCCUUCUUCAAGGAAAAUUUUCUGUUUCCUCAAAGCCAGGGAAGGUUUAUGUUGUGGAAUUGACAAAUCAGUUCCUGAAAUUCCAAGAUGCGAGCUGUGGGAGAGACACUGAUGCUGAGGGUGUGAUAGAUUUGAGAGAUGUGAUUGGCUGUCGUAUUAACGCUGGUGUAAACAAACAGGGUCGAUCUACCUCAUGUACCUGUAUGAAUUCCUCUGUUGUUGUGGACCGGUCAGAAUGUUUACUUUCUGUUUAUUUUUGUCCAAAGAAGAAAAAGAAUUCGCUGAGCCGGUCGUACCAAAGACGACAUUGCACAUUAACCCUUGGACUAUCUCAAUACGCUGAUUACAAUUCUAACAAAACUGUCUGUGAAAAGUGGAGAAAAAUCAUUCUUAGCUUGUCCACUGAAAAUAACAAUGAUAUAACAUUUAACACAGAUAUAGAGAGUUGUGAAGUACCCCUCCCGAGGAAGCUGCUAGUUUUAAUCAAUCCAUUCAGUGGCCCAGGGAAAGCCCUCCAGAUCUUCCAAAAUGGAGUCUCCCACAUGCUGGAGGAGGCAGACAUUUCUUUCAAAUUAAUCGUCACAGAGCAUGCAGGCCAUGCUACAGAGGUGAUGAGAAGCUUAGAUCUGUCUGCCUGGUACGGAGUGGUCAUUGUAUCUGGAGAUGGACUUAUAUAUGAGGUCAUUAAUGGUCUGAUGAGCCGGAGCGACUGGGAAACGGCCAUCAAUUUUCCCAUUGGUUGUAUCCCUGGUGGAUCUGGGAAUGCACUUUGUCUAAAUAUAAACUACCUAGCAGGGGAACCUGUGGAUUUGAACCCAAUACUCCACUCAACCUUCGUGUUAAUAAAGCACAGAGUGAUUCCUAUGGACCUGGUUUUGGUGCAGACUCAGAAGACUCAGCUAUUCUCCUUCCUGUCCAUUACCUGGGGUCUCAUAGCGGACAUUGACUUCGAGAGCGAGCGAAUGAGAGUCCUUGGAGCCUCCAGAUUUACUCUAUAUUUCAUUAAACGUGUUCUUAGUCUGAGGAAAUACAGGGCAAAAAUUUCUUUCCUUCCAGUAACCCCAUAUGACCCAGAUGCUAAAAAUCAAAAGGAGAGGGUGAGGAAAUUUUCCAAACCCAGACGAUUCACGAUGAUCAGAAACUCCACCACACAGAAUAACCUCAGUUCCUCUGUGUGUGAGAAUGGGGUACAGGGCAUGUACAGAAGAAAUGGCACUGCCCACUCUAUACAACGAUUUAGGUCCAAGUCCAUGCCGGCAGUUAAAGACAUUGAUCAUGACAGCCAGCUAACUGAAGACAUAUCAGGAUUCGAGGAGCAUGACAAUGUAAUGUUUAGUGUUGACGACACAGACGAGUGCUUUUCUUCUAGUCUUCCAAAUGGCAACCCUGUGAAAGAGGACAAUACAAGUACAGGCAGUGACAAUACGUUCGAAGAAAUGGUGCAUACUUUGAGCAAUGAUGGUCAGCCAAUCAAGGCUAGUCUUUUAUCCCCGUUAGAGGAGGAGGUCCCCUCUAACUGGGUCACCAUUGAGGAUGAGUUCAUCACAGCGUGCGCCCUCUACCAGCCCUAUUUGGGCCCCGACAACCUGGCCUCCCCAGAAUCCAGACUGAAUGACGGACAGAUACAUCUGCUAAUGAUCCGAUCUGGAAUUCCGAAAUCGGCGCUCGUCAAUCUUUUCUUGACUUUUGAGACAGGGGACCAUGUUAAUUCGCCAUACGUAGAAAUGGUGAAGGUACUUGCCUUCCGCCUCGAGCCGUCGGGAACUGAGGGCAACAUUAUGGUGGAUGGAGAGCAUGUUGAUUAUGGACCAAUCCAAGGCCAGGUGCUACCUGGGAUAGCAAGGAUCAUGGGAGUCCAGUGACCUAUUUCUUUCUAUAGCAAGAAUUAUGGGAGACCAAUUUUCUACUGCAAUUGUGAUAAAUAGGUCACUUCAUCAGAUUGUGCUUCUAUAACUUAAUAGGUUCAGAUUCAUUAGUCAAAAUUUUAAUUUUUUUUUCUUUUGGAUUUGAUUUUGCAAUGCGGUACGUUGUCCAAGGUUGUUUUUAUAUUUAAAGUUGUAGUGAUUUUUAAGAGAUUUCACAAUGGCAAUUUUUGAAAUGUUCAGAUAAACAUAUUUGUGUUCUUUUUUAUUUUAAAUUGGUAUCUGAACACUUUUUUGUUAUUCUUUAAAAAAAAAACCAGUCCCCUUGUUGCAGUAAUGUAAAAAGGGGGCAUGCUUUUAGACUGCAUUUCAAAUUUCAUGUUUUUUGUGGAAUUAUUUGUAUUUUUUCAAACAUUUUUUGUUGAAAUGCAGAUAAUUAUUUACCUUGUGCACCUACCUAAUCAUUAAAUGAUUAUGUGGAGCCAUUCUAACUUUAUGUUACAUUGUACAUGUACCUUAAGCAUUGUUAAGGGAGGCAAUUGAGUGUGAAGAAUUAUUACCUUUAACUGUAUAAAAUUUUGAAGAAAAAUUCAUCCAUAACAAAAUCUGCAACUUAUGAUAUGUUCAAGAAUGUUUUAAUAGGGGACCAACUUUGUUUUUGAUAGUGUUGGGAGCAUUGAAAAUUUUGUUAUGUUGGUACAUGUGUAUAUGUUGAAAUAUACAAGUGUUGUUAUGUAAUGUUGUAACAAAUUUAACACUUAGAAAAAUUGGAAUAUAUUUACAUCAUUGCAUCAUCGUGUAUUUUGAUGACCUUCACUCCAUUAGACUGGUUAUCAUCAUGAUUUAUUUAUUUAUAUUUAUAUUUAUUUACCAAGAGUUUGCAAAUGAUCUCAACAACAGAAAUAUGUUGUUUAAAGAUAUUGGUCCAUUUGAGACAAAGAGAAAUGGAGGACUUAUUUUUCAUUGAAAGACAUAUAUAUAUGUUAAGAUAUUUGCACACUCAUUUUGAAAUGAAGAUUUGUCUUAAAGUUUUCAACAAACAACGUUUUGGUAGCUGAAAAGGAAUAACUGAAUUCUUUUUUUUGAAAGAUUCCUUAACACCCCCCCCCCAAAAAAAAAGUAAAAACUAUUUGGUUCAUUUGUCAUCUGCCUCUGCCUCUUAGCACAAAUCAAUCACAAUUAAAAUCCUCCCUGACAUAAUAUGAUAAAGUGACAGCAAUUAAUCAGGCAUAUAUUUUUGUCUCCAUGUAUAAUGUAGCUAAUGGAGAUUCCACACCAAGGACUGUGAUAGAUUUCUAAACAUUUAAAUGUCGGCUCUAUGUUCAAUGAAUAAUCCAUAUUGGUUUUUGUUUUGUUGUUUUGUUGUUUUUAUAGAGAUUUAAUUAAUUAACAUCUGUAAUGAGCAGUAUUAUACUUGCAGGGAUUUUUUUCAUAAGGUGCAGAAGUUUUUUGAUGAUAAAAACUUAUUAUUGAGGACUUCACUAAUGUAUUUUACUUUAAUGCAUUUUUGUUUGCUAGUGCAAUGAAUUUGAGGACAAGUGCUAGUAUCGGUAGAUAUAGAUGAGAUUGGUACAUGUAUAAUGGUAUAUUUCCCCACCAUCCCUUUAAAUUUUUCAUUUAUUUGUCCCAUAAUCAGGUAGAGAACAGUACAUUUUGUCAGAACCAUAUUGAAUAGUGAUAAGAAAAAAAUCAGUUUUAUUCCAUAUUUUUUUGAAAUAUUAUGUAGUUAAUGCAUUGUAUAUAAACUGUGUGCUUUUACUUAUAUGUCUGUGGUGAAGCAUCCUUCAUGCAACAAUGCAAAUGAAAAUGAAAACAGAUUUUUCAAUCCUGGUAUUAGAAGUAAAAAUUAAAUACAAUUAAACAGUAAAUCCGCUGUAAGCUCUGCCUUUGUGAGUAACCUUACUGUUAAAAAAAUGAAAAUAGAGGUUAAAACCUUUUUGUCAAAAUAUUUGGAUUGGCAUUUCAAUCUUUAUGAAGUUAUAGAAGGCUGAAUUCAUGAGCAUAAAGACAGAAUGUGUGAAAUAACAAUAUCAGAAUUCACAACAACUUUUUAAAGAAACAUGUAAAUGUAUAAACAUUCCGAGACCUAGCAGGUAAAUCAAGAAUGUAUAGUUCAAAUGUAGCUACUUACUGUCAACAUAUUUAGGGCAUUUAAAUAACCUAAUUCAGUUUUAUGAUACAUAAAGUUUAUGGAUGUGCAUGUGAAUGUGGUUCUUGAAGCAUGAAAGCUUAUUGUGUUUGAUGUGAUAUUUUUUAUGACCGACUGGAAUAGAUUUAUGCCUGAAAUAUUUUUCAAAUUUUAGUGACUGCAUUAUAGAAUAUGUUGCCAGUCAUGUGGAAAGGAGGAAAAGUGAUUGCAAAAUAAGUUAAAGUUCAAAAUGAUUUCAUCUGCUUUUAUGAGUGUAAUUAUUUUGGAAAGAUGGUGAACUAAAUCAUAUCAAGUCAAGAAAAACAAUGAAGUACAUGUACAUAUAUAUUUGUAUUCAGCUUAAAAGGCAGAUGCUGACCCUUGUACAUGUACUUUGGACACCUGUAGAUAGAUUUUUGUAUUGUUGUCAAGUGUGUGAAUUUUGCACUGUAUUGAUUAGUUCUGCCUCUGCCUCCUAGAUUUCCUGUAGCAGCUCAAUCUUUAGAUCUUCAAUUUAUUUGAUCAUAUGUCCUUAAUUACACUAACAGCAGAUUGACAAAAUUAUAAAGCAGUAAGCCUUUUAACUAGAUAAAUAUUCAUAUUACAAUUUCUUUUUGAAACAUUAGAAAACAACUCUUGGCAAGGCAUUUUGAUGCUAGUAUUUUGAUGGUUGAUGAACCUUGAUUAAAGCCUGUAAAAGAGCAACCAAGAAAUGUUGAUAGGUUUUGCAGUUAUUAUAAUUUUAAAGUUUCACAACUGUUCAACAUGCAUCCACAACGAAUACAUGUACUCAUAUAGUAUUAUCUUUUAUCAUCCACAUUUCCUUUAAUAAUCCGAUAGAAUCGGAUGUAAAACUUGUUAUCAAAUACUCAUACUUUCCCUGUGAUGGAGAACUAUACACUGAACUACUGUUCAUAACUGUUAAACAACUUUUAUUUGUGACUACAGCUGUAGUUCCCAAUGAAAAAAUAUUCUUGACAAGGGGAUGUAAACAUUGAGAUCAUGAAUAUUUAUUGAAUGCCAGUAAAAGUUGGUUUUCAGUACCUGUUCAUGUACUGUGGCUCUUAUGUAAAUUUGUUUAUGAUCCUUGUAAAUGUGUAGUACUUUGUCUGUCUGUCUAUCUGUGCCAAAAGUCUUUUCAAAAGGGAUUCCAGACCAUAUGAGCUGUUGAAUAGUGCUACAACAAUUUCUUUUGUCAAUAUUCUUGUGAACUGGUAUUUUGAAACAACACCUUAUACCAGUAAAUAAAUAUUUUAACAGCUCUAAAUAUUUCUUUUUAUAUCACUCCCAAAAUGUUACUUUGGGACACUUAGCUGUUAUUUUCAGCACCUUUAUCAAAUUCUAUGCAAAUAAAAUAAGUAGUAAUUCUAUAAAAAUUUACUGUUAGUAAAAAUUGAGUUUGAUAACUGGGUUACAUUUAAGUAACAGAAGCUGCUAAAACUGAUUUGAUUCUAAUGAAAUAUACUAGUAUAUAUACAUUGGUAUUUUGCUGCAAUGGCCCUGACUGUAUCGUUUGUAUAUCCUGUUUCUGCAGAUAUAAUUUUUUUGAUUUCUAUUUUUUGAGGCAUUUUAAUUUUAGAGAGGAAAAUUGCAUGCUUAUUAAGGUACCAUAAAUUAGUGAUAUUUAUUUUUUGCAUUAUUUCUCCAACUUUUCUUAAAAUCUAAACAAGGUGCAUAAAUGUGUUUGCAAGCCAAUAAUGGGUUUUAAGAUCACUGUACUUCAGAAAAACUUUUUGAUUUUUGAUUACAAAGUAUUAAUUAAUAUAUCCUUUUGUGACAAUGUUUAUUUUAAUUAUUUUUUUUAAAUAAUUCAAAAUAAAAUUUUCACAUGUUGGAUAGUCCCAUUGUCAAACAAUAAUUAUUAUUAAGAAAAUUAUUUCAAACAGAUGUAUUGUUAUUAACAUCAAGUAUUAUAUUAGGCAUAAAAUGCUUUUAUUUUGUUGUUAAAGAAAUGUUAUUUCACAACAAUGAUUAUGGUACAUGUAUAAUCCAAAUUGAUUGAUUUUAAUUCUAUCACUCAACUUCUUGCAAUUUUUGAUAAAAAUAUUAGUUAGUUUUUGUUGUUGUUUGAAUUGGAUCAGCUUUCUGGAAUGAUGUUUAAAAUGAGACCUGGAUAAAGAUUGUCAUAGGUCAGGCUUAUUUUGAUUGUUGUAAUAAACAAAUAAAUGUUAAAAUUUGA